UAACCUUGAUCCUGGGCUCCAUCCAUGCUUGGUUGGAUCCAGGCUUGAUCCAUGCUUGGUUUCUGGUCAUAAGGUAGAUUAGUGAUAUUUUACAGGUUAUAUAUACAAGUUGUGUGUAGUUUUAUAGACACUUAUGCAAAAUGAUUUCUACUUCUGCUUUACAAAGAAUUACGAUGACAAGGGUCAUUAGCAAGUUUUACAAAUCGUGUCUUCGAAAUAUAAGUAAAAGCUCCACCGAUAGCACUGUACAAACCGACGUAAAAACGAUGAAAAAUGAGAUGCCUAUAAAAAUUCAAAAUCCUUAUGUAAAGGAGAAACGUAAAUGUAUCUUGUGCAGAUUGAAUAUUGAACCAGAUUACAAAAAUGUAAGAUUGCUUUCUCAAUUUCAAAGUCAACACACAGGCAGAAUAUACGAAAGUCAUAUAACUGGAUUAUGCAAAUAUAAACAGAAGAAGUUAGAAGAAGAAAUUAAUAAAGCUAGAUCUGCAGGUUUGAUGGGUUUUUGGACCAAAGAACCAAAAUAUGUUAGAGAUCCACAACUAUUUGAUCCAAAUAGAUCAUUUAGGCCGCAUAAAUAUUAGAUUAAUAGAAUCAUAUACAUUAUAUAUAUAUAUUAAAAAAAUUAACGUUAUUAUGGAAUUAAAAAGGCUAUUGUACAUUUGUUGAAUGUAUUAAUUGAUUACCAUUGCAAGAAAUUCUAAAGAUUCUCCAUCUAAGUUUAAAUUAAUUAUUAUAAAUACAUUUGACAAUGAAUCUUGUCCUCGUAUGCAUGUAGGAUGUAAAAGGGGUUGGAAAAAUCAGAUUCAAUCAAGAAUCAUGGGAAGUGUCAAAUGUAAUAAAUUUAAUUUUUAAUCUUUUCUUUGUUUUGCAUACAAUAGUUUAGGUCAACAAAUAUACAUUAAUCCCUCGAUAUUAUUUUUGCUUGGAUUGCUCUUGCAUAUAGAUAUAUAAGUCAUAUUUGUUCAUUCAUGAUCGAAAUUCCAUCAAGAUACGAUUCCUUCUUCAAAAAUCAACCUUAAUCUUUUGUAACUACUUGAAUAAAUGUAACAACUAAAAU